CAGCGCGCUUGUUGCUCGUCUUGGUGUUGAGGAUGGGGGGAGGUGGCGGAUUGUUAUUGGCCGGGGCGGUCUUGAGGGGCGUGGGUGGGUUGUUGUUGUUGUUGUUGUUGUUGGUGGUGGUGGUUGUUUUGGGAACGGUUGAAAUUUCCGUUGUGGUUGGCUUGUUGGUGGAGGUGGUGGGGGUGGUUACCAAGGGGGACUUUUCGCUGGGUGGCAUGGGGCGGGCGACGGUGGCGGUGUUGCUGUGAGGGCUGCGGGGGGUGGUGAGUCUUGCUACGUGGGCGAAGCUGGGGGUUACCCGGCCGCUGCUGUGACGUCGGGUUGUGUAUUCGUUGUCGUUGUUGGCGAUGUC